CUCUGUGGGAUGUCUUCCAGUCAAUCCAGCAUUCAAGCAAAACUCUUGAGACCAACAAACAUCUCAAUGCUUAUUUUCGGCAACAGAGGAGUUUGGUCAGCAUUCAAAGACGACUCGCCCAGCAACUCGCAUCGUGGCUUGAGCCACCAAUUGAAGCGAUCUUGAAAAAGUGACGAGAUGCCUUUUGGCCUUAUUGGCUACUGUCUACGAGAAGAUGUCCCCUGCAGGAUCACAAGUUUUUUUUUCCUCCUCUUGAGAAGGCAUUUCCAUGUUGUCAUUCGCUGGAAGCAACGAGCCGGCACCGGAGCCAAGAUUACAGCCGCAGCACAAUCAGUCUGCCGGUGGUAUCCGGUAUUUUCUGCAUAUUGAUAUGAUGCGCUGCGAGUGGUGGCAUGUUUGAGUGGCUGUGCUGGAUCGGGUGCAAGAUAGACUUGACACGUAGUGAAGAAGAUCUCCUCGUCCAUCCAACAACAGCCGUCUUCGACAUCAUCUCAAGAUAAUCGAUGACAACGGCCUGAAACUCCAUAUUUGCAGUACAUACUUACCUACUUACCUACAGCAAGAUAUUACAGUCCCAUCCGUCACCGUCAAUACCACGCCGGAAAAAAAGAAGAGAAAGGUUAAAGAUGAGCACGAAACCCCGACCCCACAUCAUUGUGGUGGGUGCCGGCGUCAUCGGCGCCUCCAUCGCAUGGCACCUCACGAGACAUGAGGUCGGUGCAGACGUGACAGUUGUCGCCCAGGACAUUGGAGGCACUGCCACACCCUGCUCGUUUGCUUGGCUCAACGCGAGCUGGCACAACCCGAGACCUUACUAUGACUUUCGCCGUCGGUCCAUGGAAGGCUGGCGACGUCUUGCGGAGGAGCUGCCGGAGGUGUCCAAUGUGCUGCGAUGGUGCGGCUCCCUGAGUUGGGAUAUGCCACCGGACGAGCUGGCCAAGUACCUCAAGGAGCACUCAGCCUGGGGCUACGAUAUUCACCGGGCCGAGCGCGCAGAGAUUCACGCCCUCGAGCCGACGCUGUCCGCCGAGGUCCUCCCACCAGAAUGGGGCCUGCGCGUUGGUGAGGAGGGCGCCGUCGAGGCAGACCAAGCGGCGCGGGCCAUGGUCAACGCUGCUCAGGAGCGCGGCGCCAAAGUCGUCCACGCCACCGUCACCAACCUGAUCUGGGAACAGGAGCCAAACAGCAAGGGCACCGGCAGCAAGGGCACCGGCAGCAAGGUCACCGGCAGCAAGGUCACCGGCAUCGUCCUUUCAUCGUCCGAGACGCUGUUGGCCGAUCACGUCGUGCUGGCCGCUGGCGUGGCAUGCGUAGACCUCUGCACCACCGCAGGCAUCACCGUGCCCCUCAAAACCCCAGCCCCCGCAGGCCUCCUCGUGCACUCAAAGCCCCUGAGAAAACGGAUCCUACACCAUGUCGUCUACAACCCCCAGGGCCAUAUGCGCCAGACCGCCGAUGGGCGUAUUCUGGCCGGGUCGGACUUUGUCGGCGGGGACCCGGGCCCCGACCCGCUGGCUACGGCGCGCGCACAGCUGGAAAAGGCGAAGAUGUGCUUUCAACCGGAGGAGCGGGAGACGUUGGAACUGGACUACUUCACCGUUGGGUACCGCCCGCAGCCGGAGGAUGGGCUGCCUAUUCUUGGGGAGACGGGGUUGGAGGGACUAUCGCUUGCUGUCAUGCAUUCAGGAGUGACGAAUGCGGCGCUGGUUGGCGAAAUUUUGGCUGAGACGGUCUUAACUGGCAAGGCGGACCCCGCGCUGGAGAUCUUCUCGCUAAAGCGGUUCAAACAAGGUCGACGGUGACAAUGCGACUCGAACCUCUAAUUCCGGGGGGGGGGGGGAGGGGCGUGUUCCAAGGGUGGCCUUCUUCUACAUCACUACGACCAGGAAGCAAAUUAUCUACUCUUGCUGGAGGGGCCAAAGGGUCCGAGGUAUGCGGAUUCACAUACUCGUUAAGGCAAGUGGAAGAUCAAUCAAAUGUCAAGUUUGACAUCAAAUAAUGAAGCAUUUAGUAAACAGUCCUGGCACACACAAGUCCUGGACUGUUGGCCAGAAUGUAUCUUACUAUUGCCCCACAC